AUGGGCGACGGAAUGAGCAGCGAACGUAUGUCGAGUCGACAACCGGGCGCGGAAAGACCUCAGCGUGGUGUAGAAUGGCGACGUGAGGUGAGUCGGACACACGAGCGACGGCGAGUGCGUGCCCUGAAGCGUUUUGCGCGUGCAGUUGCGCCGUCUCCGGCACCCUCGGUAUUUGCGCGAGUGCUUGAAACCUGUCAGCUCAUCUACUAUAACGCCUGUCUGCCGGCAGGGGUAAGAGCCGAGCUUGAAGAACUCGUGACGCCCCCCAGCCCCGGUGCCACACCUUCCGACAUAACCGUCGGAGCGACGCCCGGUUCUGAAGUGGAGCAGGGUUGCAUGGACUGGUUGCGAAGUUGUUGUGGUCUUCUCCGUGUAUCGUCUGAUGCAGACGCGCUCUCCGGAGACCCUCUCCUUUCGUCCCGCACCGUCCGUGUGCGGAAACUGCCAACCAAGAGUCUCACCAGCCGCGGACUUGGCGCCACUCGUGCGCGCAGCUGGGAAACCGUCACUGGGCAGCGAAGGGUCCACGGCGGUAGAACGGUCGUAGCCAGAACCGACUCAGCACAGGGUGCCCGAUUGAUGGGUCAAGCGCGCUUGGCGGAUGACGAGGAGACGGCGGUCGCGGAGACGGAGUGCGACGAAGCGGACUACGACUCGGCGGCGCGCCUCGUCGCCGCUGCGCGCAGCGGGAAUCGAACCGGGGCGAGUGCGGUUCGGAGUCGGCCAUCCACUCGGUCCGCUAUGCGGAACCACGCGGGUCGCGGCGGCCUCCAAGAAGCACCAUUGGACCCAGCAUCGCACGCCGCAUCGGACCCUGCAUUGGACCCCGACUGGUACCGACCUCUAGCACGGUUGGAAGCAGCGAGCGAGCGCACACACCGGUUAUUCGCGGCAUAUUUGGCCACACGUAUGCCGUUCGUGAACCACGAAGUCUACACACGACGCGUACCACCUUUCAUCGGCGUACAGUCGACGCCACUGCUGCUGGUCGACGGCUGGCCCCAUGACGGGACCUUGGAGCUCGGCUGGCACGACCUGGAAAGCGUUCUGCGUAAGAUCCUGACCGGCCUCUGCGCUGCCACACUCGCUGCGCCGACAACUCUCGCUCGAUACUUCCGACUCGAUCUCCUCCUCGCCGCCUGGCGUCUCGAAUGCCGCCGCACACGAGACACAAUCCACCUCCUCCAAGCCCAGCGGCACGCCGAAAAACAAGCGGAAGAUGAGACCGGUGCACUUGCCACCGUCGGAACCUGCCCCACCGGAUCCACUCUCCAAGAAACCCGCGACCUAAAUGCGGACCUCAAUGGGGAUUUGAAUGGGGGCCUGAAUAGGGUCCCGAAUGGGGGCCUGAAUGGGGAGGGCCAAGGCGGCGACGACGGCCGAGUUACGGAUCGCACCACGGACCGUGAGCAAGACUCGCCCCCAGAAGACCCUCCCUCGGGAGACGCGCUCGCGCCGGAGACACUGCCCGCGCCUCACGUGGCACCGCCGCCGGGCUUUACCCCACCGCCCGGCUUCACACCGGGACCCGCCGUACGUCGACGGAGGUGGUGGCAUUGGGGCACUGCCGGCUAG